AUGGUCUACUAUGUGCGGUUCUUGAAAACCCCCCGAAUUCAAAAGGGCUCUAUCACCGCUCUCAUCUGCAUCACCACUGAUUUGGGAGACGCAUUCCUGGCAGAAGAUGCGGAUCUGGUGUUGACAGUCGAAAAGGACAAGGAGGUUGUUUACAAAAGCCAAAUAAAAUGGAAUGCCUAUAAUCGCGAACUGCCAAUUACUCUGGGUCCUCUCCCGGUCAAUUUGAUCAAGACUCUGGUCUUGAAGGUUGAUGCAGAGGCAGAGCCCCCGUCCAAGUCCAAGUCAAUAAGCGAGUCCGAUCUGUCUCCCUCAAUACCACUGAUCGUGGGUGCCAUCAGUGCCCCAUUUGGACCUCAAAACACCCCAGCCGCGAAGCUUGUCCAGCGGACCAUCAAUGCCCCCGAGGCAGUAAGGCUGCAAGUAUGGGAAGAGACCGGAAAUAGCAUUGCCCGACACAUCUGGGAUGCGGGGCUGGCCACCGUGGUAUACCUGGGCGAGACUCUCCAAAGAAUGUCCCAAGGAGACGUGAAACGCAACAAGGCUACCAAAAGCCCACUACCAGCACUAGAAAAAGUCCUCAGGACCAGCCGCAGCUCAGUCAUCCAGGUGGUUGAGCUGGGCGCAGGAUGCGGGAUCGUGGGCAUAGGCUUGGCACAGAUGCUUUCCCACUGCUCGGUCCUCCUCACGGACCUCCCCGAGGUUGAAGAGAUUAUCACCCGGAAUAUUAACGAGACCCGCCCGGCCAACGUGUCCAGCGUGCGAUAUCAGAAUCUCGACUGGGAGCAGCCCCCAGACGACCUGUGCUCGCAGCCUAUUGCCCUGAUCCUCGUCUCGGAUUGCACUUACAAUGCCGACAGUUUGCCUGUCCUGGUCUCUUGUCUGGAUCGAUUGGUUCGGACAUCCCCGGAGGCGAUCGUCUUGGUGUCGCUGAAGAGACGACACGAGAGCGAAACGGUGUUUUUCGACCUGAUGCGGUCAGCUGGAUUCCGCUCUGUGCAGGACAGUAUGGAGCUUCCAUCUGAACAUGGACAGGUGGAUGAGAUUGAGUUCUAUUGUUAUAGCCGUGAUGUGCGAGUAUAG